AUGUCGAAUUAAAAUUCAUAAUAUGAUGGAAGUAAUGAUGAAAAUAAGGAAAGUAUCACUUUAUAAUCAAUUAAGAGUGAAGAAGAAUCAUAAGAAUAAGGUAAUUUGAAUAAAUAUUAGUUAGCUUUUUAUAAUUACAGCACAUAAAAAGAUUAAAUGAAUCUUUUGAAUCCUAACUUUUAAGAUGAUGUUAGUGCUUUUGUAGAGUGUUUUAAGGCUCCAAUAAAAUAAGGACAAUAAAAAGCCAAUUUUUCUAAAAAUAUAUUAAGGAAGGUCUAAUACAAAAAAAAAAAUAAAAGAGUUAAAGAAUUUCAUUAUGAGGAAGAUAUAAAACUCUUAAACUUACUACAUUAACAUGGAAGAUAAUUUUCUAAAAUAGUAAAGUAAUUUCCUAGAAGAACGAUUAAUAUGCUUAAAAAUAGAUAUUACAAGAACUUAAGAUAUAGAUGGGAAGAAUUACUGGGAAUGUAACACAUAUAUAUAUAUAUAUUUAAGAGAAUACACAGAAAAUGAUAUUGAGUAAAAAACUGAGAACUAACUUGAUGUAACUUAUCAAAAUAACCAAUUACUUAAUCAUUAAGACUUAAUCAACAUGAUACCUAAUUCCUACAGUUGUCCAAUAAUUUGUGGCAUGCUCUCUUAAUUCAUUACAAAAAUGGAUUAAUUUCUCAAAAGUCAAUUUUGA